GUAGGGGAAGCGGUCCAGUUCUUCAGGCAAGUGUAUAAGGGCUUGCAAUUCAUGCACCAGUGCCGUAUUGCACAUCGGUAUGAACCACAAUGUUAUGAUGGAUUCAAAAGCCAUUAUAUCCGCAUGGGUAUCGUCCCAUGUCUCCCACAUGGGACCGUAAACUCACUGGUUCAGCGAAGGAACCCAACACACGGACAGCCAGAGCAACAAAAUACUAUUUCAUCGACUUUGGCAUCGCCCGCCAGUGUUCACACGAUGUUAAGCACCCCCGCGAGGAUAUAAUUCUCGGCGGCGACAAGACUGUCCCUGAAUUCCAGAACACUUUGGACCCUCAAGACCCUUUCCCCACCGAUAUCUACUACAUUGGUAACAUGAUGAGGGAAGAUUUGUUGCAGCAAACAAGAGGUCUCGAGUUCAUGAGACCUCUCGUUGACAAUGUGGUGCAGGACGACCCUACUAGGCGACCUACCAUAGAUGAAGUAGUCGUUCAUUACAGGGAAAUUCUGCGUUCAUUGCAUUGGUGGAAACUUCGCUCGCGCCUUGUCGAGAACAUCGAGUCUUUCAAACGCGUUAUGCGGCCUUUGGGCGAUUUCAUCCGAAAAGUUGGAUAUGUAUUGACUUUCAAAAGGGCCAUACCUGCUCCACGAUACUAGACUGCCUAUAUGUGCUUUUUAUCCCGGGCUUCACGCUCGCUUGGAUACCCCAAAUACUCUCUUCUUCCAGCUGUCCUUUUGUUCCGCCUUGUUAGGUAGCAGUCAUCACUAGCUACACAGUAAUCUGGCUGGAUCAUAGUCCGGUCUACAACAACAGCAUCACAGUUGUCGGGGCUCUUUCCUUGUCUUCUCUCCCAUGCGAACCCCUUAGUUCUUUCUGCUGCUGUGUUCCAGAUACGAAUUAUCACAAUGCACCCUUGGGGGUGGUUGGUCGCGUGAAUGAUUGUUCCCGCUCUAUCAUUCCUACACACCUGUCGGGUUGUUGUAGACGGAAGGCAAUUUAUUUGAUAUGCGCGGGGCCUCACGUACAUUCGUUUGUCCGUCUUUCGCUUCCAUAUGAAAGGGUCAAGCUCGAUGAAAUUGGACGGGUUUAGAACGACCUUCUGGGAGUUGAAUGCGGAUGAAUGUUUUGUUUAGCCUUUGGUUUCAUAGCUAAGACACUGAUUUGUGUCCGACAGUUCCGAGUCCUCAUUUUGACUGAAACGGGUAUAUCAGAAGAAGCCUUUUAUUUUGCGUCCACCUUCCUGUCAUUUUACCAAGGCCACCAGACAUCAUCCCGCGUGGUGAAGCGUUAUUGACGUGGACAGGUAGCACAGAACGCGUUCAAUUCAUAUCCGUC